UCAUCAAAUGAAUGUGCGCAAGCGUGGUUUUUGCUGUACCUUUAAACUAGGAUUUAAAGGUACAGUUAAAUGUACAAUUUAAAUCCCCGGUUCGAAUACUAUGAAUCGAUAGACAAAAGGAGGAGUAAUACCAGGUGGCUGUAUUAUAGACCCAGACUAGGAUACCGCCAUUGGACCCUGCCCAUUUAUAGACGUAUAUAAAAAUUGCUUAGAGUAAUAAACAGUAAUCCUAUAAGCCGUUUUAUGUCCUUAAAGUCAGGUCGUAUUCUCGAAGACAAAAGGCUAGACAUAGACGAAUUGUGAAUAGAUCCUACGAGGAUUUUUCGAUGAAUAAGCAGUUUGGAACGUGCGAGCGAACAAUAACUUGGAAUACGAAAUUAUUGAAUUCUGAAAGAAAAGCAAAGGGGACCUUAACAAAACUUAUUUUCGCCUAUUACUCAUUGAAAAAUCAUCGCUCAUUUUAGUCGUCCUUCAAUCUUACGUAAAACGCACGAAAGAAUAAGUUUUAGAAUUUCACGAGGAUGCUUUCUCCCUUGAAAAUGUGUGCAGAUGACGCUACUAUGUGCUACCAUUGUGAAUAACCGCAACCAAUAGGAGAACGCGUUACAUCGAAUUCUAUAGGUAGCAAUACCUAAAACGUGUUCUGAUUGGUCGAUCUCAAUUUUCCCGAAUAACAUCGGGGCCACCCGCCAUAACGAACGUAGCGUGGUACGUUGUUUGAAUGAACGUGUUCAAACGUAAUUGACGAGAUUUCUUAAUUAGUAUCGAUUUUACCUUAGCGUAUACAGUGUACACAGGACGAUUGCAUGCUCAAGAACUUAUGGUGACAAUUUAAAGUCAUGGAAGUUGCACAAAAGUUGCAUUUCGACGCGUGCGACAUUCAGGACGAGGAGCUGAACAUCAGCUGUCGUACGAACAGCUCCGGUUGUGAUGUUGACGAUAUUUUAGAUUCAUCCGCAGAGGAUCUUGGAUGUUCACCACCUCUUCAACCGAGAAAAUUAUCCUUUAGUCAUACGAUGGACUGUAGUGACAGUGAAAACAAUCAAUCUGUGUUAAUUAAUAAUAACAAAACUCCAGUCAGUAUCGUGACAGGUACAUCAAGGAUUAGAAUUCCACCUCGUGAAAAUGUUUGUUCACAAAAAAUGUCAAUGGCAUGUAGUCCACCAUAUAAACGUGUUAGAGCUUUACGUCUUUUUGACUCGCCAGCUACCCCAAAAACUCUAAUGGAGAAAAGCACAAUACAUACUCCGUUUCCUACUAAGUGUACUAGACUAUUUUCAUUAGACAAACCAAGAAUCUGUAAUUACCAAAACAAAACCGAUAAGCCAGCUGCAAAUGUAAACCCUUUUACACCAAAUGGAAUGUUGUUAACUGCAAGAAAACGCACUAGGUCUAAACGUAGUCUGAAUGGUUCCCCUGAUAUUCAAAUUCCAAAAUUUGAUCUUGCCGAUUCUGAAGACUCAGAUAACGAAGUCGAACAGGCAACAAAACGCGUAGCGUUACAAGACUCAAACAUUCCCAGAUAUCAUCAGGAAUUUCACGAGUUGGGCUUGAUUGGUACAGGCGAAUUUGGAUCGGUUUACAAGUGCAUCAAUCGAUUAGAUGGAUGCAUUUAUGCUAUUAAAAAAAGUAUUAAACCAGUUGCUGGAAGUAUUAAUGAAAAGAAUGCUUUAAACGAAGUAUACGCUCAUGCUGUUCUUGGCAAACAUCAGCAUGUCGUACGAUAUUACUCUGCUUGGGCGGAAGAUAAUCACAUGAUUAUUCAGAAUGAAUAUUGUAAUGGUGGUAGCUUAGCAGAUGCAAUUGUCAAUUUAGAAAAAGAAAAGAAACAGUUUACUGAAGCGGAGAUACGACAACUGUUGUUACACGUUGCUGAAGGUUUAAGAUACAUUCACAGUAUGCAAUUAGUACAUAUGGAUAUCAAACCUGGAAAUAUUUUUAUCUCAAAGGAAAAAAGGUUACUCGCAGUGAACUAUGAUUCAGCAGAUGAUGGUUUUGAUGAAGAAGAAACUAUAGAAGAAGAAAUUACGUAUAAAAUAGGUGAUCUAGGUCAUGUUACAUCUGUUAAUAACCCUCAAGUCGAAGAAGGAGAUUGUAGAUAUUUACCGACAGAGAUUUUACGCGAGGACUUCAGUCAUUUGCCAAAAGCUGAUAUUUUUGCAUUAGGAUUAACCGUUUAUGAAGCAGGUGGUGGAGGUCCAUUACCUAAAAAUGGGCCUGAAUGGCACGAUAUUAGGAAUGGAAAUUUAAAAGAAUUACCUCAUUAUAGUCGUGAUGUCAAUGAAUUACUGAAAUUAAUGGUUCAUCCAAAUCCCGAAAUGAGACCUUCAGCAGUAUGUCUCAUUCAACAUAGAGUACUAUGUCCAUUUGGAAACAAAACGAAAGCACAACUUCGACGUGAAUUGAACGCAGAAAAGCUAAAAAAUGAAAUUUUAUCGAAACAACUACAAGAAGCGGCUAAAUGCCUAAAAACUAUUGCCCCGAAUGUAGCGGCAAUUAAUAAUAACAUAAAUGCCGGAGGCUAUAAGUUAAGGUCUACGCCAACUAGAACAUCCUCUCGAGUAGUGGGUAAAAAGGUCAAUCGAAGUAAUAGCACUACAAAUUUUUGAAUGUUCUGUGUUAUGUUUAUGUUGGACUAAAGGAGAAGGGUAAAGGUGCUUAAGGAAAAAGAACUUUUCUUUUUAAGUGCCUUGACAUUGUGAUAUGAAAUAAUUCUAGUUGAUAAGUGAAAAAAUGCGAUCACUAUUUGCUAUGAGAAUAAAAUGCUACACAGAGUGAAAUUGUAUAAUAGUUAUGAGUAAACUCUUGCAGCGAUGAAGAUAUUAUAUUAAUAAAGUAAGUUACGAAUUGCAGACGAAAAUUAUAAGCAGGUAAUUUUUUCACUCUUUAUAUUUUUUGUUUCAUCGCUAAUUGAAUUUUUAGAUGGGUAAUACAGUAAUUUGAUACUGUUUAUCUGUAUACAUUUCUCGUGUAUAAGGUGAAAAGUAACUGUAUAGGAUUUUGGAAGAAUCUAAUUAUUACUAAUAUUCAUUAAUCUAUUAGAUUGUUCAAGACAUAAGGUAUAUAAAAUUUCGGAAUAUGUUUCAUUCAGGAAAAUAAGAACAAUUUUAUUGCAUAUUGUAUUAUGUAGCUCGAUUGUUCUUGUUACAAGUUUUUACUUAUGUACUUUUGUACAUUUAUGGUAUGCACUCAUUUUAAAAUAUUACCAUUUUUUAGUCUAACUAAUCAGUAUUAUAAAGAGGAGGGAAUUCUUUUUAAUAUCAGGUACUAGUUAACAUUUUGACAAUGUGAUAUUUCCGAUUUCUUUCUUUCCAUUGGGUUUGAGGAUUUCUGUAAGAAAUAAUCUGGGAGUACUAACAAUAGACUGUAACAAAUUGUUACAAAUGCAUUAUAUUUUUAUAAAUAGAUAUUUACGUAUAAUGGUUUAGUGUUGUAUAUUGUCUGAUGUUUAAAAAUAAUACUAAUCUGUAUUAUCCAUCAUUUGUUACUUUCAAGUUCUUGUCAAAUGUUCAAAUAAUUAUUUUCCUUUAUUUAUUACAAUUUUCAUACUCAGACAAAAGACUGUUACUUUAACAUAUCAUAUUAAAUAAUUUUUAUAUAUUUUCACAACUUAAAUUCAAUAAU